UCCCCUCCCUCCCGCUCGGCCUCUGUUGUAUUGUUCUCGUCCCGACGCCUGGGAACGAACUCGCUGUUGCCCUCCGAGACCUUCACCCUGCCCUGCACUGCACUGCACCAAGCCAGCGCCGGCUUCCAGAGACCACCACCCAAAGCCAAAGCCAAAGCCAAAGCCAAAGCCCCAAAAGUCUAUUCUGACAACAAUCAUUUUUCACACCUCACAAUACAUUGCUUCCAGUCCUCACGUUGUCACCGAAUCAUAAUCCGCAUUGCAUUGCGUUGCGCAACUGUGAAUGCCCUCCUCAUCAUCGUACUUCUACUUCUCUGCAUUGCAUUCAUUCAAUCACUCAAUUGCUUGGGCACGUUUAGACAUUCUCUCGCUACUGCACUCUCUAUCUGCCGACUUCCCAGGCACUGCACUGUUUCCCCUUAGAUGUUACAUCAGCACCCACUCCCACUCACACUCCCACUCCCACUCCCACUCCCACGCCUACGCCCACGCCCAACUUCGACAUCCUGACCAGACCAGGGCUCCUACCACUGUACCGACCACCUCGACCAAGGGUUCGCAAGUAUCCCCCGGGAAAACCACCGCGACUCUAUUCCCACGACACACAACCGCCUCGAUCGACGAGACUUGUCCGCUGCGCGCGUGGCAUCAACCGCACACCGAGCUGUCUCCCUCGUUCGUGCCCAUUACAGAACCGGGCUUUGCGACACGACACAACACGACACGGCCCUCGACAUUGGCACAUUCAGACGACCGCCGCUGUUGCACGCAUCUCUGUGCUACUUGCCUACCACGAUCUUCUCUUUCUUCGCUUUCUGAACAUAUCUGCCAGGUCGCACCAUACUGCGAGGCCAGAUAGGACGACAAACACUUCGACGCUCGAGAAAAGCAGCUUCUGGUAUUGCGCCAUUUAGCCUGUAUCCGAUCGCGACAAAACUGCACCUGCCAGCCCCCUACAACCCUCCCACGACGACGAAAUCGCAAUUGGCGCCGUCUUCGUGGAGUAUAACAUCACUACCGGCUUCGACAGCGCGGACGGGCAUAUCAGGCUUAGCAGCCGGCGGAGGUGGAUUCAGAGCGUCGCGGCGCAUGUCAGGUGUAGAAUUGGCAUACUGCGAGUUCCACAUCGUGGAUAGUCGCCUCCAGCAAUAUGAUGACCAGUAUGCAAGCAUACUCACCACACCCAGGUGGAAUGCAGCAACAACAUCCAGGUAUGGCCCCUGGCCAUCCUAUGGCUAUGCCUCAUAAUCAGGGACAACAAGGACAACCAGGUCCAGGCAUGCAGCAGAUGCAGAUGGGAGUUUCUGGCCCCGGACCACAAGUCACUCAAGGAGGCGCCAUGAUGGGUGGCAUGCCCCCAGGAGCUGGUGGACCAAGUCAACAUGCUCUGCACCAUCUUAAUCCGGGCCAAGCCCAGCAGGCGCAAUUUUUACAACAGCAACAAGCCAUGUUCGCAACCAAUCCUCAAUUACAGAUGCAACAACAACAGAUGAUAGCCCAACAACGACAACAACAAGCCCAGCGACAAGCCAUGCUGGCACAACAAUACAGUGGUGUUCCGAUAGGGCUCCCAAAUGGGAUGAAUCAAAUGACACAAGCCCAGUUCCAUGCGAUGCGGGGGAAUCCCAUGGCUCGACCUGUCAAUCUGCCACAGCAUCUCCAAGCUCAACAGCAACAGGUAGCUGAAAAUAGCUUGCAGCAGCAGCAACAACAGCAACAAGCUGCUCAGCAACACCAUCAACUCAUCAUGGCCCAGCAGAUGGCAAUGCAACAGCAAGCAGCACAAGCUCAAGCAGGGAACAAUAAUCAAGGUCAACCUGGACAAAUGAAUCCUCAACAGGCACAGAAUGCACAGGCUCAGAAUGCAAUGAUGCAGCAACAAGCUCAUCAACAACAGCAAGCACAGGCAGCAGCCGCCGCCCAGCAGAAUCAAGGACAAGCCCAAGCCCAAGGGCAGGGACAACCUCAGCAACCGCAACCAAAUCCACAAGCUCAAGCACAACAACCCCAACAGGUUCCACAACCACAACAGGCCGGAUUACAACAGCAGCAGGCAGCAGCCGCUGCUAUGUUGCAGCAGCAACAACAGAGACAAGGGGACAAGAUCAAGGGCCAGUGUUUGAUGAAGUUGAUGCAAUUCGGCGACCAUUUAAGUAACUUUGGGGGAACCAAACAGCGUGAUGACCUGAAUUAUUGGUUAACAUUCGUCGAUCGGUUCUUUUCUCCGAAAGGAGUUCUUCGUCAUUCCGUAUGGCUCGUUGACGAGACUUCCAACAAGCAAUACGAGAUCACGUUUCCGGCACUAGCAAGAUACUUCCAUACUCACUUUGAGAGUGGCAUCAAGAACAUGCAGAUGAUCAUGGAACGAGGAUCAGAAAAGGAAUUGCCAAACAACGGACAUUACAUUGAGAGCCAGAAGUCGAGUUUCGUGUAUUGGUUCGAUAAUGGAUCUCAGCUGGUUGCGAAUGGUACGCUGAAAGCCCAUUUCGACGCUGACCAGAAGAUCGAGCUUCUCGAAUUCGUUACAAGCAGUCACGAGGAGUACCUGCCCCGGACACAGAUACUUAACGCAGCUCGACCAUUACAUGAAUGGCAGAAAGAGUGGCACAAAGUCAAUGCACCACCAGAGGGUAAACAGUCCCCCGAGAUGAACAAGAAGAAGGCAAAGGCAAUGAAAUCGCCGCCACAAGCCCCGCCUGAAAUAGAUCUCCCUCAAUCAAAAGUGAAGCCAAGUAUGGGCAUUACGCCGGCGGUAUUUCGGUAUCUCGAACUUGCCGAAGUCCUGGGUAUGAUGAAUCCAUUGUUCAACUACUCGCAUCAGCAUUCAGAUUUAAACCCUUACGGCGCUUUGGACCAAUACGUCACUAAUGUGACUGCCAACGGAGCCAACAAUCCUGGUGCGCAACCCAACCCGAACGGUCCGCGAACACCCAGCAUGGGCAACUUUGGCGCGUCCCCUGCAGCAUCUCAUCUCGUCCUUCCUGAUGGUUCACCACGACCACAUGGUAGUCCGGCUCAAGCUCCUGGUAUGCAACUCCAACAAAGCCAACACGGAACCAGUUCCAGCGGCCCAAGUGCAAAUACCAGUCCUAACGCAAGUAAUAAACGUAGGAGGCCAAGCACCGUAAAAGCAGAAGAAGAGAAUCAGCAACAGCAGGCAAACGGCACGCAAACGAAAACCGCAGUCAAGCCAAGUCCAAGAAUAGGGGGAAAGAGACAGAAAGGCAACCCAGCAUGAACGCCGAUUGUCCAGUUUCUUAUUAUCCAGCUCCUCCACGUUGCAAAAUCACCUGCAUGCAACGCCCAAUCGAGCCGACCUGAUCCCCUACUGCGCGGCUCGCCAACGUCGAAUCCUCGAAGGUCAAUCACCCCUUCAAGACAUGUGAAGAUUCGACCACAUACAAAAUCAAUCAAAUUACAUACAACCAGCGUGGCGCUUGAGGAACAUUCUGAAUUCCGGCUCAUAGUUUUGCAAAUGCGUUUACUGUUCAUUGUUUAUUUCCUCAUCAUCAUUGUCAUUGUCAGCAUCAUGUUCGGCGGUAUGGGGGUGGGUUGCUCGGGGCGAAAGAGGCGGAGUAAUCUUGUAUUAUAUUAUCAUUAUUACUGUUUUUGGUUUUGGAAGUUGUCUAGUUAAAGACAGGCGCUCGGGGUGCUUUUCCUUUUUGCUGGCUUCCUCAUUUCAUCGCUGGGCAUGGCGUCUGCGUUUUGCGAAAUAUCGAGUCGUGAAUUUGUCAGUGGUUUUCCAUGCAAUCGGUUAUGGCUCUGUCCCUUGAUUUUGCUGCUGUAUACCCGUGUUAUGGGGGCAGUUGGAUCGUUCGGACAGCCUGCUCCUACGUGGCUAGUUAUAGCGCUACUCUGUGGUCUAGGUGGGAAAUACAAGACGAAUCGUCCUCUAUUUUGGGAGAGCUGGGGAUGCGACGCGAUGUUGGAGGGGAGGCAUCAAUAGAAAUCUUGCGGGGCGAUCAAAUAGCGAAGAGGUUGUGCACGACUUAUAUGGUAUGAGGUGCAUGGCAUGAGGAGAUAGUACGUGGUUGGAGUCAAGAACGGAUCACAUCAAGUCAAAUCACGCACCUCUUAACUUUGCGAGAGGAGAGAAAGGGAAAGAGAAAGUUAAAAUGAAAGAGAAUAUUAUGAGAUUAUAAGCUAGUGAAAUCGGGCACCGGGAAUUGAGAAUUGAGAAUUGAGAAUUGAGAAUUGAGAAAAUCCGUUAUUAAC